ACAACUAAAUCAAUAAGGCCUUGUUGGAUCACCUACUUGUUUAUGUUUUUGCCAAUCAAGUCAAAUGGAGUUGAAUUGGCUGUAAGCAGCAGGGAAAUAUACCUUCAAUCUUACAAACUUUCGAAGCAAAAGCGCAUCGUGACAAUUUUCCUGACGAUGCCAGACGGAAUUUUAAUAAAGUCGUUGUUCAAAGGAUGUUGAUGGCUAUGAAGAUCAUGGUAUGCUGCAAAACUCUUACAGAAAUUCAGAUAUAAUGGUGCAGACCACAGUGAAAUAAUCCGGCCAGCUUGUAGCCAAACGGCUAUAACAUUUGAAGUUUAUUUGCUGUUAGAAAAGUAAUUUUUUACUUAUAAAUUUGGCUGGCAUAACCUAUGCCCUAGCACAGCAUCGCUCCGGUAGGAUUUUUAAUGCACUUCUCACGUUACAAGGGUUACGUAUAAUCUAGAGAUGUAGCAUCCCAGUAUCGUUCAGAUAAUAGGUGGACUGUUGGAACCAACUGUCUUACGUAAUCUGAUAUAAUGUUCAGAUAAAAAUGCUUUUGUUGCUUUGUGCACAAAAGCUUAUUGCUCUUCUUCAUUGUCAUUUACUGAGACAUACAGCAACACCAUGCCAUGCAAACACAUCGGCAGCAUUUUUGCGUUAGUGGUAGGAAUAUUGGUCCUGGCUGUCAACCCGUCUGUGGCAGACAAUGACCAAAUAUCUGUCAUGGUUGACGGCGAUAUGAGCCGCGCAAGUUGUCCAGAAGAUUAUACUCCAUGUAGUUGCACAGUGGACGUAGGAGGAGGUCUCAAAGUCGUAUGCACCGAGGUGCCCGUUCAAGACGUUGUCGAUGUAUUUAACCGAACGUCUGCACAAGACAUCGAAACGUUCGGAAUGCAAUGGUCAAGGAGUCCGCUGGAGUCUGUCAUAAUUCCGGCCGAUCUUCUAGGUGCUUCUCGCGCAAAACUCAUCGGAGUUUACUGCCCAAGCAAAGUGGAGCCUAGAGUUCCGCUUCGGGUGGAUGACAAUGCAUUCCGUCUGUCGCGUGAUUACGCCGACACAUUCCUCACGUUCUAUUGCGAUUUUAGCCAACAGCCUAACUUGCAAUUCUUGGCUGGAUUCAAUAGUCUGAGGAUAGUAGAAAUCGGACUCGCCACCAAUCUGCAAGCCAUCGGCCGUCUGCCCACGUUGCCCGCCCUUACCACACUGCAUGUCAUGGACAGCACUGGUUUAGUCGAAUUCCCCGAUCUCACCCCAGCUGUUCUGCAAACGCUCUUUUUGAACGGAAAUCAACUGGGUGACACUAUGGCAGCAGCUUUACUGGAUUCAAUCAUCUUAACAUCAACUAUUCGCUUGUUUACAUUGAGACUUAACAGCAAUCUAUUGACGCGAGUACCCACCGAGCAAAUGAAUUCUUUACCGGAACUGCGAAACCUUUAUCUUGAUGACAACAGCUUACCAGUACUUGAAACUGGUUCGCUCACUUUCACAUUUCCAGUUACCACACUAUCGCUUUCAUCCGCAUCGAUCAAUACCAUCGAGCCAGGAACUUUUCAAGGCGAUUUUUCGAUGGCAGUGAUUAAUUUAUCUAACAAUAACUUGACCCGUUUCGAGUCGGCCGUCUUCCUUGGUAUAUUGGAACAGAUGAACCUACCGUUCGCUGUCGGUUACAUCGAUAUUGAAUCGAAUUUAAUGAAAUGUGAUUGCAGUCUAGCAUGGCUAAUCCGCGACAAUCGAUCUUUAAUGCCCGCCGUCCAUAAUGGAUUAUGUGUGAAUGGCAUUGCUUUCGAGAACCUCGAUCCGACCUAUUUUGCGGAUUGUCCCUAGUUUGUCAUAGCUAUGUAAUUUUUACUUAUCCCAUUUUCUUCGAUUAAAAU